AGCAGCGCUUUGACGCACCACGCACAGUUGGAUUAUAGUAUUGCGCGCUGGUCACUCGCAGGGCUUUUUUUGCCCCAUUUUGCGCUGCUAACCCGUUGCCACUGAUACACGAGCGGAUCAAUCAACAUUACUCCACCGCGGGGACCUGCUUUUUGGGGGGGGGGGGGGGUUGGUGAGGUGAAACUAAGCGGCACUGACUCCGCUCCGGACGCGUGUUGUGAAUUAAUAACCAAGACAGCAUCACCUGGAGCGCGUACGUGUGUGUGCGCACUAAAGUGUGCGUUUUUUUUCUGGAUCAAAUAAAGGAUCGAGGUGUUUUAACUGGCUUGGUUCCGCGCAUAUACAUCCACUCACAGACGUAGUAGCGCACACCGGAGGGAUUUGGGCACCGCAUGCCGGGGACAUGUGGAAGUUUGCGCCGCUGUAGGCAGCCAGAGAGCCGGUCCGCUGCCUCGUCGACCUCCCCUCUCCCUGCCCAUUGCCGGCCCAUAGCCUCCAGGCACCAUCGAAACCUUUCCAAGGAGACCCAAAUGUGAAUUCACAGCGUGGAAUUUCGGAAACACACGUCUGAAAGGGGGCAGGGGGGGGGGGGUGUGCAACGAAAAGGGUAGGACAGCAACCCGUUCGCAGAGUUUGGUGAGCUGAUUUCGGGGGAUAUCGCUGCUUUCAUUUCUCGAACGCCCUUUCUCAGUAUUUUUUUGUGUGCGUGGGUCUCACGUUGUGGCCCCCCACUUGCUGCAGUGAUGGUGGGAGCUCUGUGCCCCGCUGGCCCCGCGCUGGGGCUGCUGGUGGCCGUUCUGCUAUCGGUCCUGUCCGCCGAGGCGGACGGACAGCCUUGCCCGACCCAGUGCUCCUGCACCGGGACCACAGUGGACUGUCACGGCCAGGGGCUCCGCAACGUGCCGAGGAACAUACCCCGAAACACGGAGAGACUAGAUCUAAAUGCAAACAACCUCACCAAAAUCACCAAGGCGGAUUUGGCCGGACUGAGGCAUCUGCGAGUGCUGCAGCUAAUGGAGAACAAAAUCACCUCGAUUGAGAGAGGGGCCUUCGGGGACCUGAAGGAACUGGAGAGACUGCGCCUGAAUCGGAAUAAUCUGGCCAUCUUCCCCGAGCUGCUUUUCCUGGGAACGACAAAGCUUUACAGACUGGAUCUCAGUGAGAACCAGAUCCAGGGGGUUCCGAGGAAAGCCUUCAGGGGAGCCGUGGAGAUCAAGAACCUCCAGUUGGACUACAAUCACAUCAGCUGCAUCGAGGACGGGGCUUUCCGAGCGCUGCGUGACCUGGAAGUUCUCACCCUCAACAACAACAACAUCAGCCGACUGUCCGUGGCCAGCUUCAACCACAUGCCCAAGCUCCGCACCUUUCGCCUGCACUCCAACAACCUGCAGUGCGACUGCCAAGUGGCUUGGCUGUCGGAGUGGCUGCGGCAGCGCCCCCGCCUCGGCCUCUACACGCAGUGCAUGGCCCCGCCGCACUUGCGGGGGCACAACGUCGCCGAGGUGCAGAAGAAGGAGUUUGCCUGCACAGGGCACCAGUCGUCUUCAUCUUCCUCCUGCAGUGUCUUACAGUGCCCCGAGUCCUGCACCUGCAGCAACAACAUCGUGGACUGCAGAGGGAAGGGCCUGACGGAGAUACCCACCAACCUGCCCGAAACCAUCACUGAGAUACGACUGGAGCAGAACGCCAUCAAGGUGAUCCCAGCCGGGGCCUUCGCUCCUUAUAAGAAGCUACGCAGGAUAGACUUGAGCAACAACCAGAUAUCAGAGCUGGCCUCGGAUGCCUUCCAAGGUCUGCGCUCCCUCAACUCCCUGGUUCUGUAUGGGAAUAAGAUCACCGAGAUCUCCAAAGCACUGUUUGAGGGACUGUUUUCUCUGCAGCUGUUGUUGCUGAAUGCUAAUAAGAUAGCGUGCCUGCGUGUGGACGCAUUCCAGGACCUCCACAACCUCAAUCUGCUCUCGCUGUACGACAACAAGCUCCAGACCAUCGCCAAGGGGACCUUCUCAUCACUUAGAGCCAUACAAACACUUCACUUAGCCCAGAACCCGUUCAUCUGCGACUGCCACCUGAAGUGGCUGGCAGACUACCUGCAGGACAACCCCAUCGAGACGAGCGGCGCCCGCUGCACCAGCCCCCGGCGGCUCGCCAACAAGCGCAUCGGGCAGAUCAAGAGCAAGAAGUUCCGCUGCUCAGCUAGAGAACAGUAUUUCAUCCCAGGUACUGAGGAUUACCGCAGUAAGCUAGGAGGGGACUGCUUCGCCGACUUGGCCUGCCCCGAAAAGUGCCGCUGUGAGGGCACCACGGUGGACUGCUCCAACCAGAAGCUCACCAAGAUACCGGACCACGUCCCCCAGUACACGGCCGAGCUGCGCCUCAACAACAACGAAUUCACCGUGCUGGAGGCGACGGGCAUCUUUAAGAAGUUGCCUCAGCUGAGGAAGAUUAACCUGAGCAACAACCGCAUCAGCGACAUAGAGGAGGGGUCCUUCGAGGGAGCCUCGGGCGUCAAUGAGUUGAUUCUUACCUCCAACCGGCUGGAGAACGUACACCACCGCAUGCUGAAGGGACUGAGCGGCCUGCGCACACUUAUGCUGAGGAGCAACCGUAUCAGCUGUGUGAGUAACAGCAGCUUUGUGGGCCUGAGCUCAGUGCGUCUCCUGUCGCUCUACGACAACCAGAUCACCUCCAUGAACCCCGGAGCCUUCGACACGCUGCACUCCCUGUCCACACUAAACCUUCUGGCCAACCCCUUCAACUGUAACUGUCACCUGGCCUGGCUCGGAGACUGGCUGAGGAGAAAGCGCAUCGUCACCGGCAACCCUCGCUGCCAGAGCCCAUACUUCCUAAAGGAGAUCCCCAUCCAGGACGUGGCCGUCCAGGACUUCGCGUGUGAAGACGGGAACGACGACAACAGCUGCUCGCCGGUGCUGAGGUGUCCCGCCGAGUGUUCCUGCCUGGACACCGUGGUGCGCUGCAGCAACAAGGGCCUCACCACGCUGCCCAAAGGCCUCCCCAAAGAGACCACCGAGCUGUAUCUGGAUGGUAACCACUUCACCCAGGUUCCCGCCGAGCUCUCUGAUUACAAACAUUUAACGCUCAUUGAUUUGAGUAACAACCAGAUCAGCACGUUGUCCAACCACAGCCUCAGUAACAUGUCCGAGCUGCUUACUCUAAUCCUGAGCUAUAACCGCCUGCGGUGCAUCCCAGUGAGGGCGUUCGAUGGACUCAAGUCGCUGCGUCUGCUGUCUCUCCACGGCAAUGACAUAUCACUGAUUCCGGAGGGUGCUUUCAAAGACCUGUCGUCCCUCUCCCACCUGGCGCUGGGGGCCAACCCCCUGCACUGUGACUGCCACAUGCAGUGGCUGUCCGACUGGGUGAAGAGCGGCUACAAGGAGCCCGGCAUCGCGCGCUGCUCCGGGCCCGGCGACAUGGCGGACAAACUGCUGCUCACCACGCCGUCCAAGAAGUUCACUUGCACAGGUCCAGUAGACGUGAGCAUCCAGGCCAAGUGCGAGCCCUGUCUGUCCAACCCCUGCACAAACGACGGCACCUGCUCCAACGACCCGGUGCACUACUACCGCUGCAGCUGCCCCUACGGGUUCAAGGGACAAAACUGCGAGGAGCCCAUCCACGCCUGCAUCGGGAACCCGUGCCAGAAUGGCGGCACUUGCCACCUGAAGGAAGGAGAAGGGAGCAACUUUUGGUGUGUGUGUGCAGAGGGCUUCGAGGGCGACUCGUGCGAGAUCAACUUUGACGACUGCGAGGACAACGACUGCGAGAACAACUCCACCUGUGUGGACGGAAUCAACAACUACACGUGCAUGUGCUCCCCGGAGUACACAGCUGCUACCAAUGAUGUGGAGAGAGGGGAGCUGUGUGAAGAAAAGCUGGAUUUCUGCGCCCCAGAGCUGGACCCAUGCAAACACGACUCAAAGUGCAUUUUGACCCCUCGGGGAUACAAGUGCGAGUGCACUCCAGGCUACGUGGGGGAGCACUGCGAUACGGAUUAUGACGACUGCGAGGAGAACAAGUGUCAGAACGGAGGCCUGUGCAUUGACGCAGUCAACGGGUACACGUGCGUGUGUGCGGAGGGAAACAGCGGCUUAUUCUGCGAGUUCGCUCCCCCAAUGGUCCUCCCUCGCACCAGCCAGUGCGACAACCACGACUGCCUGAACGGGGCCCAGUGCGUGGUCACGGGAGCAGAGCCGCGCUGCCAGUGCCUCCACGGCUACGAGGGCGAGCGCUGCCAGACGCUCGUCAGCGUCAACUUCGUCGACCGCGAGUCCUACCUGCAGCUCCCCGCCGGGCUGCUGUCGCCAGAGGCCAACAUCAGCCUGCAGAUUGCCACGGACGAGGACAGCGGCGUUCUACUGUACAAAGGGGACAACGACCACAUCGCCAUGGAGCUCUACAGGGGACGCCUCAGGGUCAGCUACGAAACGGGCUCCUACCCCCCCUCCGCCAUAUACAGUGUGGAGACGGUGAACGAUGGCAGCUUCCACGCUGUGGAGUUGGUCGCAUCGGACCAGACUCUGUCGCUGUCCAUUGAUGGCGGUCCGCCCAAAUCCAUCAACUCCCUCAGCAAACAGUCCACACUCAACAUAGACUCUCCGCUCUACGUGGGAGGUAUGCCAGAACGGGCCUCGUCCUCCGGGGGCCUCUCGUCCCUGCAGCAUAGCUCGGGCGGACGCAACGGCACCAGCUUCCACGGCUGCCUCCGGAACCUGUACAUCAACGGGAAGCUGCAGGACCUGGGGGGCGGGCCGGGGGCGGGGGCUCUGACCUCCGGGGCCGCGCGGGGCGACCCCGCCGCCAGGGAAUGGCUGGGCCACGGGGUGGAGGCGGGCUGCCAGCCCUGCCAGAGGGGGGCCUGCGUCCAGGGAGACUGCCACCCGACCGGGAACCGCGGCUUCACCUGCACCUGCCACCCGGGCUGGACGGGAACGGCGUGCGACCAGCAGGUCAAUAACCCCUGCGACGGCAACAAGUGCAUCCACGGCACUUGCCUGCCGAUCAACUCGUACUCGUACUCCUGCCGCUGCCAGCCCGGCUUCGCAGGCGUCCUGUGCGACGAGCCGGACCAGGACGCAGCCAACCCCUGCAGCCCGUCCCGCUGCAAACACGGCAGAUGCAGAGUGUCGGGCCUGGGCAAGGCCUACUGCGAGUGCAACGGCGGCUACACGGGAGAAGUGUGCGACAAAGAGGUGGCCUGCCGAGGGGAACGGGUCCGAGAUGUCUACCAGAGGCAGCAAGGCUACGCGGCGUGCCAAACCCAGGAGAAGGUCUCCCGCUUAGAGUGCCGGGGGAGCUGCGCGGGGGGAGCAGACGGACAGGGCACCUGCUGCACCCCCCUCCGCAGCAAACGCAGGAAAUACACCUUCCAGUGCACCGACGGCUCGUCUUUUGUCCAGGAAGUGGAGAAGGUUGUCAAGUGUGGCUGUACAAAGUGUUCCUCAUGAUUCUCUCCCCUCCAGAUGUAUCUUCUUGCCCACCUUACUUGAUGUCCAAGGUUUCCUCUCUGAGAAAAAACCCUUCAGCCCCCACAGGCCCCCUGCCCCAACCAUCCCUGUUCUUUUUUAUUUUUUUAAACCCUUAAAAAGAAAAGGCAAAAAAAAACAAAAAAAAAACAAGAGAAACAACAAAAAAAAGAGUUUAUUUUAUUUGUCAGUACUGGGCUGAUGAUUGAUGCUUCCUCGGUGGGGAUGUUGAAUUGUAUUGUAAAGUACAAAAACAGACUUAUUUUUUAUUAUGAAGUGGAGAACAAAAAACAAAAAAAACGAAGAAAAAACAGACAAGAGUUGACUUUUUCCUUAUUUCCCUUUUGUCGGCCGCGACGACCCCGACGGCGUUCCCCCCCACCCGGUGAGGCCGGUCCUUGUAGACUUCCUGCUUCCUGUCUGUGAGUUGUGUGUUUGUAGGAGUAACCUUAACUGGUAGAACCACGGACUCACCGCUAGCAGGCACUGCAUCGAGAGCGCGGGAGAUGGCGGACAAAAAGACACAACAAAAAAAAAACCAACAACCUUCAACACGAGGAACCACCACCGUUGACUUCCUGGAGACUGUGUGCAUGAUCCCACACACAGCUGUGCUCAAACUCCUGGUAUUCCUUACAGCUACUGAACAACAACAACACACACA